UAAAUAGAGAGAGAAGCCUCAAGAUGGCUGACUCGCUGGGCUCCGCUCACCUCACCGGAGCUGCCGCUGCUGCUACUGCGGUAGCCCCGGCGGUCGCCUCCGUCAAAAGCCCGCUCGUCAAGCCGACCGAGGCGAAGGGAGCUCCCGACAACCGCUCUCAGUCUUCCCGGGAUUUCAACCCGCCGCCGCCCAAGAAGGUCCGAGUCGAGGAGAGAAGCGUUAAACCCAAGAAACUCAGCAGGGAAGGAGGAGUGGGAGGCAACGUUAGCGGCAAAGAGAAACUCCAGCAGCCCACGAAGCAGCAGAGUUACGGCGGCAGCACGGGUUUGUGGAGCUUCAGCCCGGUUAAGACGAGCAGCAACAACCCCCCGGUGCCUGCUACCGGUGGAUCCCAGCCACCGACAAACACACACAAAGUCUUCAAACAGAGCGAUUUCUUCCUCCACAAAGCGCCUUCCUCCUCCAAAGCCAAGAAACCGAAUAAAGAUAAACAGCGGGAGAAAGAGAGGGAGAAGGGAAAAGGAGGCGGAGAGGAGAAAAAGAAACAUAAACUGUUAGUGACCUCCGGACCCGGGAGUAAUGUUAGUAACAACAGCAACGAUAUCAGCAGAAUUAAUAACUCUUCUGCGGCCAAGAGAGAAAAUGGGGAGGUCAUGUUGCCACCCAAAGAGCACUCCAACAAGGACAAGGCAAAAGAGAGAGACAGAGAGGAGAGGGAGAAGAAGGUCAAAGACCGAGAAAGAGAAAGGGAGAAGAAGAAGCACAAAGUGGUAAACGAGAUCAAGAGGGAGAACGGAGAAGUCAAGCAGCCCAUUAAAGAUGAGAAAGAGAAAGCCAAGAUCAACUCAGAGGAGCUGCAAAUCAAAAAAGUGAAGAAAAAAAAGAAGAAGAAACACAAAGAGGGGGAGAAGCACAAACGAGUGAAGAUGUACCACCGCUCUUGCCAAACCGUGUGCGCUGGCCUCCUUCUUCUCCCUUCCUCCACCUCUUCACCUCCAUCCUCCAAUCCGGCUCACAACUCCUCCCUGUCUCCAUUUAAGUCCCCUCUACCAGUUUACCCCUCACCUAACAACAAAACUGCACACCUCCUGCCUUCCUCCCUUCCUCUCGCCUCCAAAUCGCUCUUUAACUCCUCUCUCCACAACACUCCGUCGUCCUCCAUCAAGACGGCGCAACCUUCCCCAACCAAACACCAGCCGCAGUGCAUCUAUCCUGGCAUGGCGGGCCUGGAGUUUGCCCCAUACAUCCACAUAGAGAACCAGCCUAAUGGAGGGGCCCUGGUGGCCCAUGCCUACACAUCCCAGCUCUCUUCUCUCUCGACGGGCCAGAGGCAGAGAUUCGCCCAGGAGUUUGUCACCUUGGCUUUCAGUGAGGACUCAUCCCAGGCAGCUCACUAUGUCAUGGGAAUUGUCCAUGGAGAAGCCACCUACCUGCCUGACUUCUUGGACUACUUCUCAAAUAAGUUCCCUUCAGUUCCAGUCAAAAUGGAAAUACUAGGAAAGAAGGACAUAGAAACUACCACAAUGGCUAAUUUCUACUCUCAGGUGAAGAGAACAUACAGUAAUGGUACAUACAGAGCCGGGGCCAUGAGGCAGAUCAGCCUGGUGGGAGCCGUGGACGAGGAGGUCGGGGAUUAUUUCCCAGAAUUCCUCGGCAUGCUGGAGGAGUCGCCCUUCCUGAAGCGGACUCUUCCGUGGGGAACAUUUUCCAGUCUGAGGCUGAUGAAUCCCACAGAGAGCGACGACGGUCCGAUAAUGUGGGUCAGACCGGGAGAACAGAUGAUACCUGUAGCUGAUAUACCAAAGUCCCCUUUUAAAAGAAAACGCUCCACCAAUGAGGUGAAGAACCUGCUGCAGUCGCUGCCCAGGACCAGCGAGCCCAGAGAGAUGCUGUUUGAGGAUCGCACUCGGGCCCACGCUGACCACAUCGGUCAGGGCUUUGAACGUCAAACCACAGCAGCCGUGGGGGUGCUGAAGGCUGUACGGUCUGGAGAAAGCUCGGAGCCUCCUCGUGUAACCAAAGACGUCGUGUGUUUCCAUGCUGGUGAUUUCCCUCAUGUAGUUCAGAGGCUGCAGUUGGACCUCCACGAACCUCCACUAUCUCAGUGUGUGCAGUGGGUGGAUGAUGCCAAACUGAACCAGCUGCGUCGCGAGGGCAUCCGCUACGCUCGCAUCCGCCUCUGCCACGAUGACAUCUAUUUCAUCCCUCGCAACGUGGUCCACCAGUUCAAGACCGUGUCGUCUGUCUGCAGCCUGGCGUGGCACGUCCGCUUAAAACAAUACCACCACGGAGAGGGAGACGAGGAGGAGGAGGAGGUGAAGGAGGAGGAGGAGAAGGAUGAGUUGAAGGAGAAGGAGACAGUGAAGGAAAAAGAGGAGGAGGAGGGGAGGAGAGAAAAGAAGGGUGAGAAAGAAGAGGAGGAGAGGAUAAAGGAGGAGGACGAGGAGGUUGAUAUGGCAGGAAACAGGACGUUGCCGGCUGUCAAAAAUGAGGAACAGCAUCCACCUUUGUCAUCUCCGCCUGCUCCUUCAAUAGACUCGAAUGUGAGCAGUGCUGGAGUCAAAGAGGAGGAGAGGGAAGAAAAUGGAGAGAAGCGCAAGCAGCAGGUUUCAACUCCUGCCAAGGUGAAAGCAGAGCUUCCAGCGCCUUCUCUCUGUAAGAGCAAAUCCCCUUCACCUCUUCGUCCGACCUCUCAUCCUCCUCAUCAGGACACGAGACCCAAAGCGGCGCCAUCAAAGCACCUUCAUCACCACCACCAUCACCAUCAUUCGGACAGCAGAACAACGUCUUCCAGUUCGAGUUCCUCCUCUUCAGCUCCUAAAUCACCCAUCUCAAAGUCUUCCUCUUCUUCAUCGCCUUCAACUGUGAUUCCUCCUCCAUCUCCUGUUCUGUCCACAUCUUCCUCCACCUCAACCUCCGCUACAUCUUCCCUGACCAGUCCCAAACCUGCGGUGGACUCUUUGUCCACGCUCCUUCCUCCUGCCGUGUCUUCGAGGUCCCAGCUGCCUUCCUCCUCUAAGUCAGACCAACUGAAGGACAAAGACUCGCUUCACCUAAAGACGGAUGUCCCUGCAAACGCUCGGACACGGGCGCCAUUGCAGGUUCGGGCGUCACACGGGUCACCUGCUGCGGAUGUACAGACACACACCGCGGCGAGCUCACAAGCUGACACACGGACACAAGCGGGAGCUCGAACGCCGACAGACUCGUGGACGCUCCAAGAGAAAUGGACUCGCGGUGCGGACUCCAGGAUGUCUGUGGACCCACAGAUACUCCCCCCACCGGACGCUGGGAGGCAAGGGAUUUACAUGCAGCAAUACGCCCCCCAGCACCUCCCACCUCCUCACCUCCCUCACAUGCUUCCCCCCUCUUUCCCGCCUCUCCUGCCACACUCCCAUCUUCCUCACAGGCCUCAAGUCCUCCCCCCGAGUCCCUCUCUCCCCGCCCAAACUCUGAACUCUUUCCUCAGCCAGAAAGCGCCGCCGCAUUCGGUUCACGUAGGCCAGCUUCACCUGCAUCCGCCGCACCAACCAAACAUCAACACGCAGUCUCAGCCGUAUUACCAGCCGCCCCGAAUCGCCUGCCCGUCUCAACCAAACACUCCCCCCAGCAGCUCGCAGUCUCUCCCUCCUCACCUGUCUCACCACCACCAGUACAUCGCCCCACAUGCCAAAACCUUCUUCCCCCCUCAGCAUCCCCACUUCCCCUCUCACCACUUCCUUCCUCCUCAGUCCUUCCUCGCUCAACCGCCCAGCUCUUACCCGCAAUAUCAAACCUCAGCACCACCUUUCCCCCAUCCCCCGCCCCCUCCUUCCUCCUCGCCGCCUCCCCCUCCUCCUUCUCUACCGCCGCCUCCUCCUCCUCAGCCUUCACAUUCUCUCCUCUCCCUUCCCCCAAAGCAUGAAGAGGAGCAGAAACAGAUUUUAUAGUAGUUUUUGUACAUAGGAUGCUGUUUUUAAACGACUGUAUAUGUACAUGGUUUGAUUUUGGUUGUGUUGUUGUAAAACGAUGUAAAAAGGAAAGACGGAGGGGGCAGACGGUGGAGCGUAUCGCUUUGAACACAGUAGUUUAUAAAGCAGAGUUGGACUUUAUUGACCCCAGACCUCUUGACUGGACUCAUUUAGAUUGUACUGAUGCUUUGGUUGUGCUUGGGUUCAAAAAUAUUGACGAUUGAUUAUUGUUUUUUGUUGUGUUUGUUUUGUUUUGGUUCAGAUACGACUUUAAAGACGAUAUUAUUCAGCCUCAAGAUUUGAACGAGCUCCCUUGUCUGAGACAACUGCUGUCUGGUUGUGCUUUUUUGAAGUGAGCAUAACCCUCAACUAUCAGAAUAUCUGUGAGCCAUCAGACGUAGGAAGGAGAAAAAAGGUUUCUGCAGACGUUGUGUCUCAUAUUUAUAUGAAAAAGGUCAUGAUGAUGACCUUUUUGUGAAACUUGCAGCUAAUGCUUCCAUUUUUUGUGGCUUUUUAGUGUAUUCUUUGUGCCCAAGACUGUUUCUGGAAUAAUGAUGGGUGAAAUCGUGAUAUUAUACAAUACGCGAUUGCAUUGGCGUAAUAUUUCCUCUACUAUAUUGUAUCGAUACACCUUAAUCAAUACAGUAUAUCGCAGUACUUUUCCCUAAUAUUGUAUUUUGAGCAAUAAUGCUCUGCAAUAAUCUGCUGAAUUUAAAAAGAAAUGCAUUUCCCCAUUAAUCAUACGGUGACAGAAGUAUCAGUAUUUUUAUUCUGAUUUCAAAAGUCUAUUGAAUCAUGUUCACUGAGGGUGCUUACAUGUAAUUAACAGGUAUCUGAUUUUUCUAAAGAGUUCCAGUGUUUUAUUGCCCAAGAAGAAUAUUAGUGCAGUUUUUAGUGCCACUAAAAAAGGAAACGCCCAUGUCAAAUCCAGAUCAGUAUAGUAAACCACAGGACACAGCAAAGAGAGUCACAAAUUACAGAAUGGUUUGACGUUUUGGGGAAUGCAUGAAUGUCUGUAUGGUAAAUAUAAAGCCACAGCUAGCAGCCGGUUAGCUUAGCGUAGCUUUAAGACUGGAAACACUGGAGUCUUGCCAUCUCUGUGAGCAGACAGGCAACCAGCAGAGACUCAGAAGAUACUGCAGCUCGUCAGAAAUAGUCCCCUGUAAAACGGAUGUUAAUUAGUGGGCUUUAGAGGUGCUGGGGAGGCUAGCAGCUCCCACCUGUCUCCUGACCUGCCAGUAGCUUCAUAUUAACCAUACAGACCUGAGAAUGGCAACAAUAAGCAUCUUUUCCCAAAAUAUCGAACUGUUCCUUUAAAGUAUUGCUAUUAGCUUGUAGCCCUCAGCACCAGUGGCAGAGCUCUUAGUGUGAUUUUGCUGUGUAUUUCAGUGUCUGUUGGAUGUGUACCAGGGUCUCCUAAUUUUGGAAACCAAGCACUUGCUGGUCAGCCAAGGAAGAAUUCGACCCAGCCAAGGCCCCUACACAGAGCCUUUCAGAGUCUCAGGAAAAAGAAAACAUUCAGGACACAUCCACAAAUAUAUUGGUCUCAUAGAGAAAACAAAAACCUGACAUCUCAGUUACCUCCUAACACCUGAUUCUAGUGGACUGUGAAGACUUCUAGGUUCAGGGUAAUCGAAAUAUUCUUCACUCUGUAACAUUAUAUUAGUGCUUUUGCAGCGACAUUAAGACUCCCCAUGAGUUAACUUCAGCAUCUGAAUACGAAGUAUAGCAAUAUCAUACAGAUGCUGGAGGUCAGCACUUCCCAAACGUGACUCAUUACCGCACUUUGUAACUAUAUAUAUAUAUAUAUAUAUAUAUAUAUAUAUAUAUA